AUGGGUUGGGCUUUUCGGGAGGGCAUCCAAAACACACAAACAAACGCGCGCCUGCACGCACGCCUGUACGCACGCAUACAGUCUUGCACGGUCAGAGGGAGAAGGAAGGCGGAUCUGCAGAUAUAAACAGGACUUCCUCAGCAGAGCAGAGACACAGCGCAAUCAUGGAUGAAGCGGCCCCGCGUCAUGCUCGCUCUGUGUUCCCAUGGCUGGUGGGAGCGUCGCAGGUGGUGGGUCUGGCGGCUGUGGUGCUGACCGGCGUGUGGAUGGGCCACUUCCGCGGCGGCUUCGCCUGGGAUGGCUCGGAGCUGGAGUUUAACCUGCACCCUCUGUGCAUGGUGUUGGGGCUGGUCUUCCUGCAGGGCGACGCCAUCCUGGUCUACAGAGUAUUUCGAAAUGAGACCAAGAGGAACAUUAAGAUGCUUCAUGGCAUCAUUCACCUGCUGGCCCUCAUCAUCAGCAUCAUAGGUUUUGUAGCUGUGUUUGAUUCCCACAGAUCAGCAAAGAUCCCAGACAUGUACUCUCUACACAGCUGGUGCGGCAUGGCUACCAUGGUCUUAUUCUGCAUACAGUGGGUGAUGGGUUUGCUGUUCUUCCUGUUUCCUGUUGCGUCGUCAUGGUUACGAGCCUCGUACCUCCCCAUCCAUGGGUUCUGUGGUGUGGUGCUGCUGGUUAUGGCCAUAGGGAGCAGCCUGAUCGGCAUCACGGAGAAACUCCUCUUCAGCAUCAUGUCAACCUACUCUCUGUUCACCCCUGAGGGGGUGCUGGCCAACGUCUUGGGGAUCCUGCUGCUGUGCUUCGGGGUGCUGCUGGGCUACAUCAUCACCAGGGAGGAGUACCGGCGUCCGCCGAAUCCAGAGGAGGAGUCUCUGUCCGUCCACUUCAAGACCCUGACCGAGGGGGGGUCGCCCACUACACCUUAAACCUGAGGCUGACGUCUUAACACCGCCCCCCUCAUCUUGAUACAGUGUGCUGCCAGCAGACUAGCUGGUGUUACAUGUCUCUGUUAUUACCUAGUUACAGAAAAUAAAAGUUUAGGUUUGGUUCAGUAAAAUCAAUAAAAUCACGGACAAGCAUUAAUGACCAAUCCGAUCCAUCUUAGAUUGCUGAACAGACCAGUCAACUUUCACCCAAAAGGAUUUAUUUACACUUGAUUUAUUCUAUUUCAGAAUGAAAAAGAAUAAGACAAUUGUAAAUGUAAAGGCGCAAUGCAGUAAAAGGAAAAUAGCAUCGCAACAAAUCAGAUUUAAUAUAUCUCUUUGAUAGAGAAAUAGCAAGGGGUCUGGCGCCUCCUCACUUCGUCUCAAUCGAGAACCCAAGAAGCCCAGACUUAGCAAUCACAGUUCCUAGUUGUCUCCACAUUGAGCCCCAGUGGGAAGCUACAUUUUUGAGGCAGCGCCGUGCCUACAGCUGCCACGCAGAAGUAUAAAUAUAUAAAAAGAGUGCCUGCAGCUCAGAAACUGUUUGUCCUGGAGUUGCUGCUUUUGGUCCUACAGUAUCUUCGGUAGUAUCUCUACUGUGGGAUGAAUGUUUUCGUAGUCCCAACAACAUCAACAGAGUGAUACGUCUUCUCCGGUAAAAAUAAAUCCAGCUGAUCGAUGUUAGGAGUUUAACAUUCAUGCACAUCAUAUUGAUUGUUUAAGUUUAUCAAUGUAAUACUUCCAAUCCAGGACCUUCAGUAUUUUAAAGAAGCCCUGCGAGGCAAAUGAGAAAAAGAGGUUUUGCCAGAAUAAUCUUUCCAAUUGUUCCUUUCAUUUUCUUUUCCAUCUUUGAAACAGGUGGGGGGAAACAAGUUUUGCCAAGAACAAUAGUUACUUUCUUUGCAUCUGUGAAAACAGGUUUUAGCAGAGACUAAAAGCAUGUAUGUUUUCUUCCAGGUGAGUUUUAGUGUACAUAACUUGAUAACACUAUAUUACAAUAUAUGAACCUCGUGUUUUAGAGUUAAAAAAAAGAAUGGGGUAGUGGUGCAUGUCAGCCUCUUGUGGUCAAAACGAGUAUUACAAUAAUCGCACACUAAUCUAGACAAAAGUCCCUUCAACUCACCGGCCAAAACUUUUUUUUCACCUGUUUCACAAAUGAAAAAGAAAAGAGUUAAUUAAACUUUGGAAAAUGAUCCUGGCAAAACCUUUUUUUUACUUGUUCUUAAGCCAUAAACACUUAGAAACACAUCUUAGAAAAUGGAUCACCAGAAAAUCACUUACUUGCCGCUCAGUGCUUCUGUAGUAUUUGGAUCAAGUAGCUCCUGAAGAAUCAGGUGUGCCAAAUGUUGUAUAUCGAGCAUCCUUGGCACAACAAUGUCUUUUCUACUGCAUUAAGUUGUUGCUUGAGUGUGCACUGGUAGGCUGUGUCAUCUAGGUAAAUAUAAGUAUCUGAUUGGAGGGCGAAGAAGCCUUGAUGCGGAUAUCCCCGCUUUUGUACAGUUUGACUCUAUUACACACCAGAAGUCAAACUGAUGCCAAACAUCGCGCUCAAAUUUGACCUCUCUCUUCUCUUCUCUUUUCCCAAUUUUGAUAAGUCACGGAGCAUAAUAAUAUUUAUUAGUAAAACAAGCUUUUUUGGAAAAUCAUUUACAUCACACUACUUUUGUGGGUCACAACACUAUUUCUUGAUCUCGAAAAACAAAGUCUGUCCUCUCAUUUGAUUUUUCCCACGGUAUCUAUAUGUCCCAGAUCUAAGUGAAGUCAGUACUGUUUGUCCACAAUGCAAGAUGCAUAAGCAAAAUAUAUUCCAUUUGUCCAUUAGUAAGCUGUUUGUAUUUAAAUGGACUGCCAAGUUAACAUCUGUACAGUGUGUAUUCAGUUGUAUGUGAUAAGAGUUUGGUUACUUGAUGCACUUUGACCUAAGGAUGUUAAAUUCAUAUCUUUACUGUGUUUAUCAAAAUUAAAUAUAACAAGUAUCUACAGUUUUUUUGGGGUUUUUUUUGGCUUGAGUUCAGGACUCCGCACUAGUGCCUAAUACAAAGCUCUUACUGAACUUUGCUGAAUGUUUUCUGUCUAAUGUACUUCUUGAUAGUGUCAUAUUUCAAAGGGAAGUCUUAAUGAAAGGUAAUGUAACCUGAA